CGAUUGCGACAAGCGCUUCGUACGUCUGCUGGUUGGCUGCAUUUCAUAGUAAAAUUCGAAAUUCAGUGUUGCCGGGAUAUUGAAGCGAUUUGGUGUCGUUGACGGGUUUUUCGUUGCACGCGUCACACGUACAACGGUACAAUCAGCAAAGUAACGCGAUAUAAUUUUUUUGUGCUCGUUCUUUUGGCGAAGCGUAGGCAAGUCUUAGCAGGAAUUCUUAAAGCCCUCGAUUAUAUUUAAAAUAUAGAUCAUUUCUGUUGCAUGAAUGAAAUUUCGAUAGAAACGCAUAGCUCGGCGUUGGUUUCAAUGAAAGCUUCUCGUUCGUUUGACUUGCGACGUUGGGCGAAGGAGCGGUCGUCGUCGUCAUUGUCGUUGCGUGCGUGAAUUAACCCGGUUGUGGCACGAAAGAAAUUUGCGAGCUAAGCUAUUUAGUGCCGUGUGUUGCUGUCGAGUAUUUAAGUGCAACAAACAAGUGAGUGAAAAUUCGCAAACAUUACAACAAACACACGCACGCUCGCACAGAAGUGUGUUGUGAAGUUGUGGGCAGAACUUUACUAAUUCAAAUUGUGGCAAAUAUACAAAAGUGUAGCAAAUAGCUAGUGCAACAACAACUGCUUAAAUACAACAAGCCCAUUGUAGAAGAAGUGCUCAGCUGGGAUUUACGCAUAAAAUAUGCGCGAAAAAAAAUUUAAUUUCCAGUGAAAUUUGAAAUGAUUAAUGCAAACACGCAGCGUCUGUGGCAAGCAGACACGCAACAUUCGUGAAUGUAAAUUGUGCCAAUGUGUAUGCGAGGGUCCUUUUAGCCGUGCUUGAAAUGUUUUAAAUGCCUAAUGAAUAUUAAAGAAAUUUUUCAUAGCGCACUUUAAGGCGUCAGCGCAUAUUUAUGUGCAGAAAAGGAAUAAAAAAAUUUCCAACAUUUCCGCGCACAAAAACAAAUACAAAGAAACAACAACACACUCACACCCACACAUACAUUGACACCUACAAAACCGAUCGAACUUAUUAGCCGUGCGUACGUUAUGUGCUACUAAAAGGAUAAAAACGGAUUACCAGCGAAUGUCAGGAGCUAAUACCCACGCAGUAAUGCUUCCUCGUGGUUUAUUCGAGUGAAAAGUGUAACAGUGUAGAUAACAAUAUUAAAUUUACGCUACAACAACAACAAAGUGAAUGUUUAGUUGAAGCGGAAACGGGAAAAAUUAGCUGAAAUUUCUUGGAAAUAAAUAAUAAAUAAUAAUUUAUUUCAGCUGGAAAAGUGUUUCGAGACAACGGCGUAGUGUUUACACCACCCCACAGUUUCGGUGGGUUAAAUUGAAAAGAUACUACAAACAACGCUAAAACUCCAACUUCAUCACUACAGUGUUCCGUUAGUUUAAAUCACUCAAAAUUUAACUCAACUAAUAACACCGACAAAAGUGAAAUUAAUGCACACAAACGCGCACAUACAUUUUCGUGAUAUUUGAGAGCAAAAUAGUGAAAUUAGUGUUGGAGAAAAUGUGUAAAAAACGUGCAGCAGCAGCAAUUCUGCUGUUAGUGCUGACCAUAAUUGGCAGUUAUCAAACACAGGGUGAACAACACCCGGCGACAGCGGAUGAAGGUCCUCUAUCGGAGGUGCAAACAGCCGUCGGACUGGAGGUGGCGCUACCAUGUGACCUAUUGCCGGGCACAAUGACCGCUGAUAAAGUGCAAUUGGUCAUCUGGUAUCGGCAGGGCAACGUCAAGCCGAUUUAUACUUUCGAUGCGCGCGGUCGUCCGCUGCAUCAGGCCAUACCCUGGGCGGAUGAGAAUGUCUUCAAGAACAAGGCGCACUUCUACUACGACACAACUCCGCCAGCGUUGCGCAUUAAGAAUAUACAACUGAGCGAUGCGGGCCUCUAUAAGUGUCGUGUGGACUUUCAUAAAUCACCGACGCGCAAUUGGCGCAUUAAUGUGACAGUUUUAGUGCCGCCCACACGCUUAACCAUACUGGAUCACAAUGGCGCUGAGAUACGCGACCAAUUGGCCGGGCCCUACUUGGAGGGCGACAGCGUUAAUCUGACAUGCCUGUCCAGCGGUGGUGUGCCGCCGCCGCGCGUCUCCUGGUGGCGCGAACAUGCGCUCGUCGACGAUUCGUUUCAUGUGCAGCCAGAUGGCACUGUACGCAAUAUACUACAUUUGAAAAAUAUCGCAAGGAAGGAUUUACUAACGGUUUACACAUGCCAAGCGAGUAACGGUCACGUUGUGGCGGCGCUGACGAAAAAAGUGGUGCUGGACAUGAACUUACCGCCACUAAGUCUGUUGCUGCAAGGUCUAAAUCACGCACUCAUCGCUGGCACGCGCACACAUGUCACCUGCACUGCGGUGGGCGCACGACCAGCGCCACAAAUUGUGUGGAAGAAAUCGGGACAGAUACUCAAGGGAGCAACACAAUCGACUUCCAGCGAUGGCAACACCACCGUCUCCGAGCUGAUGCUUAUACCGGUGCCCGAGGACAACGAGCGUCAAGUAGUCUGCUCCAUUUCAUUAAAUCCAUCUAUAACGUCGCAGCAGCUGCACGAGGGCGACACCACGGUGUUGACGGCGCAGAGUAACGGCAAUAUGGGAUUGUAUUUGAAGGAUUCGCGCGUGCUGAAUGUGACACACGCUCCGAUUGUCUCGCUGCGCUUGGGCGCACCUCUGGAUCCGAACAACCUGCUGAAGGGCUCUGAUGUCUACUUGGAGUGCGAUGUAAAGGCGAAUCCGGGCAUAACCCGGGUCGAGUGGUAUCACAAUGACAAACAACUGCAUCUCUCACGAGGCGUCAUCAUCUCCAAUCAGACGCUUGUGCUGCAAGGGAUUUCGAAAAUAUCACACGGCCAGUACUUCUGUCGUGCCACUAACAUACAAGGGAGUGUGUCCAGCAAUGAAGUCUAUUUGGAUGUGAAGUAUCCGCCCGUAUGCAAAGCCGAGUCGACGACCAUACGCGCCGCCCUCAAGCAGAUCGUCAACAUUACGUGUCAAGUGGACUCGAAUCCACUUGAUAAUCUAAAUUACAGAUGGCAUUUCAACAAUUCACUGGAGAGGCUCAUCGAAUUGCCCGCAACGAUGGCGACGGCGCCGGCCGCCAUGCCGCUGCUCUUGUAUCCGGAUGUUGGUGCAGCAGCUGGUGGGCACACAUCCGGCGGAUAUUAUCAGCGUAGCAAGCGGAAGCAUGGUCAUGCGCAAAAAUUUCUGCUCGGCCGGCAUGGACGUGUUGCGGCGGCCGCCAAUGUGCUGGGCAACAGCGGCAACGGCGGCGGCGUCGGAAGCGCGUGGUCCAACAUUCGUUUCGAAGAUGUCGAUGAGCAGCAGCAGCAAAUGUCAGCGCACCAAUAUGUUGAUGAGUAUGAUGAUGGUGAAUUCAUAGACAACAACAACAACGACGAAGAGGACGAGGAACUGAGCGACCAAGUGGUCGCCGGCGCGCCGCGCACACAAAUGGUUUAUUCGAAUAUGAUUUAUAAAAAUCAUUUGGAUAACCGACAACAACAACAACAGCAGCAGCCACAACACGCUCAGCAUGCGCAACAACAACAACAACUAUCGUCACACCAACAUCAACAACAACAAGGCCGCAUGGCUGGCGGUGGCAUGGUGGGUGGCGCUGGUAUCGGUGGUUCCCAUGACAUGCUCCCACAUGGCGGCAAUCAAUUUCAGUUGGCCGAACGAAAACGCCUAACGGCCGCACUGCACAAAAAACAACAUCACCGGCCGAUGACCACGCAGCCACCACCGGCGCCACCACUGAACAACGUCUACAGCUACCACAUCGAUUCGUACGAUAGUUUCGGCGCGAUCUCGUGCGUGGCCAGCAAUGCGAUGGGACACAGCGAGCCAUGUUGGUAUCACAUACAGCCGGCAGACUUCCCCGAUCCGGUAAAGAACUGCACCGCCUACAAUGCCACCGCCAACUCCAUACAAAUACAAUGCAUCGCCGGUUACGACGGCGGCAUACCGCAGCACUUCCACGUGCAGGUCAAAGACGAGCUCACCAACCAAAUACUCUACAACACCUCCUUCAAGUACGCUGAGUUCACCGUCAAGCGACUCCCCAGCGAUUCGGUCUUCGUGAUACGCAUCACAGCCGUGAAUGCGCAAGGUCCAAGCAAAGCGUCGUUUCGCGUACGCGGACGCACACUCUCCGCACCGCUGCUACGCACCGCCUCAUCCACCGCUGUGCUGGUGCAGCUCACGCCACUGCUGGGCGCCUUGUUGGGCAUUGUCGCGACGGUGGUGUUGAUCGCUAUCUGCAUUGUGAUUUUCCUACGUGUACGCCCGAAGGCGGCGCGUCGACCCAAUGGCGAUACCACCACAACGGAGGCGGAUAAGGGCAGCGCCGAGCCGCUGUCGCGCAACAUGGGCAGUCACUCGAGUUUGGAGGAUAAAAAUCCGGACGUGGUGCCGCAGGAGACAAACAGCGAGGAUGAAUUUCACCUGGAGGAGAAGGCGUUCGAUCGGCUGAAUAUCGAGUCGCAGCGUAUACUCUACACGCCACCGACGCGCAUCAAUACGGGGUCACCGCCACCGCCUUCGCUGUCGCCCACUUUCGGCAAGCAGUAUGGCGAACUCUCGCUCACCACGAAUCCCGCCUUCAGUCUCUACAACACACCGCAGCGCGCACCCGCCGCACAACGGCCCGUCUACACUGCGCCACCGCCGCUACUCUCCACACGCACGCCACCGAACAUCUACACACGCAUACCCGGACGCUCCUACCUGCCCGCCUACGAGACGCGCACCUCACCCACCUCGCCCUACGGCUCGACCACCACCUGCACCAUACCGCUGCUCAGCGGCCAAUCCAAUGGCUCACUACAAACGAACAGCAGCAAUUCGGGUGUUGGCGGUGGCGGCAUCGGCGGUGGUGGUGGCAGUCUCAACAGCAACGCCAGCAGCGGCAUGCACUGCAACACCCUGCCACACCCGGGCGCUCUGCAGCAUCACACCUCGGCGGCCGCUGCUGCCGCGGCGGUGGCGUCCAUGACGUCGAAUGGCAUGCCCACAGCGCUCACCUCAUCGAUGACAUCGGGGAAUAUUAGUCUGGCCGCAACGCAAACGCUGCUCACAUCGCCGCGCACACACAACGGCGCCGGUGUCGGUGGUGGUAGCGCGCUUUCGGCGCUCAGCGGCAUGGGAAUGGGUACCGCAACGACGGGCGGCGCCGGCAUGCCAUUGCUCAACUCAGCCGGCGCGUUGCUGGGCAGCGGCAACUAUGAGACAGUGGCCUCCUGAGAAUUACCGAAAGAUGACAUUAAGUGUCAAUUUGUAUGCAUCGGUGGGAGUAGUACGUGCACGAGCAAUGCGGAGCGCACCACAAUUGUCUAGUGUGUCCCCUAAGCAGGGAGGGAAAUGUGGAGGCAUUGAAAUUAAUGCCGUUAUGUGGGCAUUGUGUAAAUUAACUGUAAUCUAAAUAUUUAGCUAUAAGGCAGCUGAAGCGAGUUCACUUGUGGCAAAAUGAAAGUAAAGGAGCUUGAAACAAAAGAAAAAGAAAGGUGUGGUGAGUUAAGGAAGAUGUGAAACUGCAUUUAGACUUUCUUUAAAAAAAGCUUUUAAGCUAAAACUAAAUAAAUUUCAGUUUCUUUAACUUCGCUGAACUACUUGCACAAAGUACCUUAAGUAACUGCUGAAAUAUUUUAAAAAUUAUUUUUAUAGAAAAACAAAUUUUCUUAUCUAAAUUCAAAAAUUUAUUUUUCUCGUCAGUUUGCACACAACAAGUUUCUAAAUUCAUUUUUUAGUACAAAAAAGUCUGCGUGAAUUUUGCAAAGUGAACAAAAUAUAUAAGACUUCCAAAUGAAAUGAGUAAAGUUAAGUUAGAGUAGUAGUACCAUUUAGUGUGAUCUUUGAUGUGUGGACGAUAAAUCGUAAAUUGUCAUUUAGUUAUAGCCAACUAAACUGCAGCUAAGGGCAAUGCUUUUAUAAAUCAAGUACCUUUGCGCAAGUCAUAUAUAUGUAUAUGUAACUGUCUAUAUGUAAAAGCAGCUGUAUGAAAAAUAAGUAAAAAUGCUUGUAAGCUGGCGAAAAGCGCAAGUAAAGCUCACGGAGUGGUUGCUAAGUGCAGUUAGGCUGCUAUGAAGAGAAGUAUACAAUUCUGUAUAGACCUUUUGAGAUGUGAGUUGUUUUUUAGAGCAAACACGUAAAAAAAAAGUAAAAAGCUCUAUGUAAGGAAAGCUUUUGAAAGUGAAAGCUUUGAGUUUAAAGUUGCCUAAGGCGUUAUAAUUUAGUUUGAGCACUAUUAUACUUUUCAUUAUCGCGUAUUUUAGUUACCUUAGUGGCAUUCCCACUCAAUUUGUGUGCUGGUACUAGUUUUUAUUUUAAACUAUGCGCCAAAAGGUAGGCAACAUUUUUGAACACUAUAAAUUUUUUAUUGCUUUACAAUUUACUUAUUCAAUUUUUCUUAAUGAUUUUUAAUUUUUAUGCUCUCACAACAUGUUGCAAGGAGAGUAUUAUAGUUUUUAAAAUAUUUUUUUAUAUUAAAUUUUUUGAUACUCCCCAACAGAGUUUUGUCAAAGCCUUCCACAUGCACUUAGCAAUGAACUCACGCAGUAUAGCUUAGCUUACAAGCAUUUUACAAACAGAAUUUAUUGCUAAAUCUAAUGCAAAGCCAUAAUUAAUAUAUAUGUGUAUAUAAAAAUCGAAUCCAUACGGCAACUUCAGCACUAGUACGCUUAGUAUGAUUUCAAUGUAAAACCCCAAAAGUGUACAUAAAUGUAUAUAAAAUUUAAAUAACUGUAUGUGUGCAUAUAAUUUAAGCAAAGUCGUUCAUAUAUGGUACAUAUACAUAGCAAACAACACCUAGAAUUAUAUAAAGCAACAAGGAUUGCGUUGAAGAACUUUAGUUAGCCACAUUGAACGAAGUUACAGCAUAACGGAAAAGACUAAAAUUUGCGCGAAUACUAUGUACUACAACAAAUGCAUGCAAAAUAAAAAUCGAACUUAAGCUUAUAUUUAAAAAAUAAUAAUAAUAAUAAAAUACAAAAAUAACUAAAAAAAACACUUAAUUCAUGUGUUAAAAAACUGUGCUGCAUUCUAAAACUAAAAACAAAAAAUAUUUGAAAAAUAUUUUCAUUUUGUGUAUGUAAAAAUCAUUCUAUAUGUAGUACUAUAUAGCAUAACACACAGUAGUUAAAGCGAAAUUCUUUUCAUUUACAUGCGCUGUAAAUCACACAGUGAGCAAACCUUAAACUACAAUUAAAUGCGAUUUAAACAAAUAUAUAUAUAUAUGCUAAAGAAAUUAACAAACAAAUAAAUAUGUAUACACACAUAUAUAUGUUAAAAACUAGUAACUGAUGAAAUUGUACGAAAAAUAAACAAGCAAACAAAAAAACAAAGAAAUCAAAUAAUCCUUUCUCCCGCCCACAAAAAUUGUAACUCGAUGAAUUUUUCUACCUACAAACCAAAAAGUUAAAUAUACUAAAAAAUUAAAUUACAAAAACACACACACACACUUAGUGAAAAAUACAGACAAAUAUGUAAAGUUAUGGCCCAAAUCUCGUAUUGAUUGUUGAGUAGUUAUGCAAAUUCUAUAUUUAUUGCUGUCUUGCAGUUUUAGCUGCGCUAAUGGUUUUUUCGGUGAAAUGGAGUGCUUUUUCUCAAAGAAUAUAAGAAUAUUGAAUUAACACAGACUUGUAUAUGUAUUUGUAAAGAAAAUAUUUUUUUAAAUUCACUUUAAGUUAAAUUCGUAAGAAAAUUUAUAUGGCAGCUGCGUGUGAAUUACACAAACAAAGCAUUUUAAAUGAAAAAAUAUGAUUUUUGGUGAAAUAAUUUAAUUUAAGUUUGUAUUUUAAGCAUUUGCACAAUUUUAAAGCGUACAAUUAUUUAAAUUUAAGUUACUUUUAGCGUAUAAGAUAUAUUUUCUAAGAGUUGGGUUUUUUUUAAAUAUUUUUGUUAUAUAUUCUUCUUCAGAU